GGGACUGAGAGACAAACACCCAGGGCCGGGACCAUAGCAUAAGGUAAUAGAGACAGGGAGGUGAACCUGGGAGGCUGCCUGGCAGAGGGGGUGCCAGCUGCCCGAGGGCGGAGCCUCGUGGCCCUGCCCUGCAGCCCCGCCCCCACCCUGUCACUCAACUGGGCUCUGGGCAGAGCGCAGCAUCCAGUGCUGCGGGCUCUGGGCUAUGGACGCCCCAGGUGCUCCGGCCCCAGCAGUCGCCCCCAGCUCAGCAAGGAAGGAGCUGAAGAUAGUGAUUGUGGGUGACGGCGGCUGUGGCAAGACGUCGCUGCUCAUGGUGUAUUGCCAAGGCUCCUUUCCCGAGCAUUAUGCCCCAUCGGUGUUUGAGAAGUACACGGCUAGUGUGACAGUGGGCAGCAAGGAGGUGACCCUGAACCUCUACGACACGGCUGGGCAGGAAGACUAUGAUCGGCUGCGGCCUCUGUCUUACCAGAACACACACCUCGUUCUCAUCUGCUACGAUGUCAUGAACCCCACCAGCUAUGAUAAUGUCCUCAUCAAGUGGUUCCCUGAAGUCACUCAUUUCUGCCGAGGGACUCCCAUGGUUCUCAUUGGCUGCAAGACAGACCUGAGGAAGGACAAGGAGCAGCUGCGGAAGCUCCGGGCAGCCCAGCUGGAGCCCAUCACCUACACACAGGGCAUGAGUGCCUGUGAACAGAUUCGAGCUGCACUCUAUCUGGAAUGUUCCGCCAAAUUUCGGGAGAAUGUAGAAGACGUCUUCAGGGAAGCUGCCAAGGUGGCCCUCAGUGCCCUGAAGAAAGCACAGAGGCAGAAAAAACACAGAAUCUGCCUGCUGCUGUGACCCUGGGGCAGACAGCCCUGAGUAGAACUGUCAUGGCCAGGGACCCAGGCCUAGGCUACUCCUGGGAUGCUGCUCCAUCAGAGCCCUCCAAUGCCUGGCAUCUUGGAGCAUUCUCGUCCUGUCCUUGGGUUCACGCUGUAGUUCAACGGUGAAUGAUGGUGUCAGACCCAGCAAUGUCCCUCGCUCCUAGGACUGGCACAGGUUCCCAGGCCGUAGGAGGGCCCUUGUCACAGCUCCUUCUUGCCCCAGUCAUGCGUGUUUCCCUUUCCAAACCCAAUUCAUGCAUUGAGAAUGUGGGCAAAAGUGGAUAUGCAAUGCCAUUCACAAGAGUCCUGUCACUGCCUCCCUGAGCUCCUGAGAUAGGCUUGGCUACAUCCUCCAGCCUCUUCCUCCUUCCCCUCAGGAACCUGGGGCCACGGCCUAUCAGGAGAGUCCAGGCAUCAAGCCGGACAUGGGGCCAGACAGCUGCUCCCUCUGUACCACACUGAAGACCUUUGUCUUAGCCCUAGACAGAUGCUCAGGGGCAGAAGAAACGAUCUCUCAAAAGAUCAAAAUAAGCUCAGGCCAGCCAGGCCUCCCAUCGGAUCCCUGAUGGCGGUCCCACUUCAGCCGACUUCCACUGGGGACUCCUGAUGGGCAGUCCUGAACCCGUCAGGGGCCUCAGGCAAAUGGCUCUCUCCCUAAACCAUUCCCAUCUGUAAAUGGCCAGGACUGUCACUUGAGUUGUCAAGCUCUCCAUCUUCCACUCCAUCCACUCUCUGCUCUUACCAGGAUGUUGGGCUUGGGAAUGGCCUAUCCCUGCUGACAAUCAGUGUCUACUACAGCAAGAUUCUCGAGUUCUGACAUUUCCUUUGGGAAGGUCUAGCGCCUACAUUUCAGAACUUUUCAAGCCAAGGGUCCCAGGUGGCUGUAGUGCCCCCAAGAGGAAGUCAUCAUCUCCCAAGAAGAAACCAUGGCCUUGGCUGGCCCAUCUGUCCCAGCCGCUCUUGACUCAGCCCCCCCAAAGUCAGGCUGCCAAGGAAAGAGACUUCUGAUCCCCUUACCCCAAGGGCCCCAAGACCCUGCAGUCCCUUGCCAAGGACCUCUUGUUCUCUCAGAGUCAAAGGCCUUGUGAAUAAAUUAUAUGGUAUAGGGGAGAGGUCAACAAACCCCACAGCCUGUGGGCCACAUGUGGCCACUGCCUGUUUUUGUAAAUAAAGUUUUAUUGAACCGCCACAA